UUGGUUAUAGGUUAUAGUUUUUCAAUCCGAAGUUUUUGAGUUAAAAUUGGGAUAUUAUUUUAUUGCAGCAUUCUUUUAAUUGUACCAAUGAUAAUAUAAUAAUAAAGUGACUGUUCGUUCUAUUCAUUAAUUUAUCGUAGAAAUCCAGUUAUGUCGACGAAUGAAGAUAGUAUAAAUACCAAAACAAAUACAGAUGGAAAGAAUAAAGAAACAGUAUUUUGCACUUUCUGCCCGUCCAAGAUACUUAAUGUAGGAGCAGCUACUUUUGUUAUAAUGGAGUUUGCGCUACCAUACAUACAUUCCAAAGGAGAAGGCGAAGGCAAUCAACAAGAAACUAUCACAGAAUAUUGGUUAAUUGAAGAUAUGUACACAUUUGAAAAUAUCGGAGUAUCUCAUACAGUAGGAAAUAUAAAAUACUUAGCUUGUGCGGAUUGUGAAAGAGGUCCAGUAGGUUGGCAUGAUUUAGCUACGAAAAAAUCCUACAUAGCUUUAUCUAGAGUUAAGCACGAAUAAUUAAUUUGUAAGUGUGACUUUUAUAAUUUUAUAAACAAUUACAAAAGAAAAGUAUUCGUUGGCCUAUAGAAAAUGUGAAUUUGUAAAAGAAUAUUUACCAAAGACAAUGAUGAUCGAUUAUUUAAAUUAAUUAAAAGCAUCUAUUGUGGAAAAGGAAAAGAAUAUAAAUAUGUAUAUAUACACAUAUAUACGUAUAUACAUUUAUGCAGGUAUAUAUAAUAUUAUCGUUGUCUUUAUAUAUGAAUGCAAGUAAAGUGGAUAGGAAUUAUAAGAUUGUAUAAAGUAAAAAGAUAUUAAAUUUUUGUUUUGUAUGUAAAUUUUCAAAAUAAAAGUACAUUUUAAAUGAAAGUAAUAUU